CGUCAUUUACUCAUUACAGGCAUAUAUAGAACUUGCAUCGUUCAAAUUAUCAGUCAUUACAAAAAAAGUUCACGUGCGUUUUAGUGCAGUGUUGGAAUUAUUCAGUUUCGGUCAACAUGGGUGUUUUAAAGGCUCAAGCUUUGAUCGCAUUAUUGUGCGCAUCGACGUUCUUAGUAAAUGCUGAAGAAUUAAAAAACACCGCCGAAUCGAAAGAUGCCCAGAAAAGAUCGACAGCCAAAGCCGAAAAACAAAAUGAUUUAGUACCAGAAGCUUCGUCGAGAUACGGCGGAUAUGGUGGCUACAACAAUGGAUAUGGAAAUUCGUAUGGUUACAACGGAUACGGAUCAGGCUACGGAAACGGUUACAAUAAUAAUUAUGGAAGUGGCUACGGAAGUUACGGAUCAGGCUAUGGAUCAGGAGGCUACGGAUCAGGAGGCUACGGAUCAGGCUACGGAUCAGGUUACCAAUCAGGAUACGGAGGCUAUGGCAAUUACGGCAGCGGCUAUGGAAACAACUACGGAGCUUAUGGUAGUGGUUUAAGUUCAUAUUAUGGAAAAAGGCCAGGUUAUGGUAGCGGUUACGGAGAUUACGAUAGCGACGGAUACGGUUAUAACAGUUAUAACCAAGGAUCGUACUACAACAAAUACGGUGGUAAAUACCCAUACUCCGGCUACGGUGGAGGAUACAAUAAUUAUAACUCGUAUCCAGGAUACAAUCAAUAUUAUGGAAAUGAAUAUUAUGGUGGAAGUUACGAUUAUCCAUCAGGUGGAUACAGACAGGGUUAUGGUGGUUAUGAUGGUUAUGGUCAAAAUGGUUACAAUAAAUAUCGUGGAAACGGAUACGGUUUAUACAAAGGUUACAAAUAAACCCGUCUCAAUUAUGUUCAUGUUUUUGUUCUUGUUUCGAUUUUUUUGUAUAAAAUAUAGUUUUUGUAAAUGAAAAAAAAAUCCAAAAAUACGCUUGUUUCUCAAAAUUAUUACAAAUUAUUUAUUUAUUUUUAUCUGCCUUAUUUUUAAUUUAUAAAGACCGAUGAUUCCUACGUUUUAAUUUUAUUUUGUUUUUAUAUUUUUCGUAAUUUUUCAUCAACUUUUUUUUUGCAUGGAUAUUUAAUAAAGAGUUUUUUCAAUA